AUGAAACCCCAGAAAUGGCUCAGGUGCAAUGACCCACGGGUUCAAUCCCAAUGGCUUUCCACAAUCUUCCCUCGUUACAUUUAUUCUAGGCGCGAUUAUUCUUUCGCACGGUCCCAAUACAAAUCCCUAACUGUUGUCGAAGAUGACAACAUAGAUACAUUUCGCGAGGGUUUCUUCCUCCCUGAAAAGCCCGUGCUUCUUCCCCGUCGGCUCUUCCGCGACAUCCCUGCCUACGAGCGUUGGUUCCACCACUCGCCGACCAGGCCGAACACCUCGCAACUGAAUACCGAAUACCUCGCAGCACAUGGCGCUGACGCUCUAGUUCCGCUCGAACUCACACAGGCACAACCUCAAACUCCGCAGCGCAAUGACCUAGAGAGUGAUUCAGAUCUCAGCUUCCGCAAAUUCCAUGCGCCGCUCAGCCUCUUCCUCCAAUGGAUUCGCGAAGCCGAAUCGCAGUCCGAGUCCCCGUCACGCCUUUACCUAGCACAGUGUCAACUGCUUGAUCUACCUCAGAUCCUUCGCGACGAUUUCCCGACCCCUUCAAUUGUGGCGAAAGCGGGUAAGGGUGAUGUAUACGAUACGAAUGUGUGGAUUGGACACCCGCCGACCUAUACACCUCUACACCGAGACCCGAACCCCAAUCUAUUUGUUCAGCUGGCUGGGCGGAAGAUCGUGCGAUUGCUAGCUCCGCGGGAUGGGCAGGUCAUUUUCUCUCACGUCCGGGGACAACUCGGACGGAGCGGGAACCGGGAGGCGGCGGUAUUCCGGGGCGAAGAGAUGAUGCAGGGGCGCGAAAGAGCUUUACUCGAGCAGGCCGUUUGGGACGAUGCGGAAAGCAAGAAAAUAGAUCGGGCGUAUGAAGGGUUCGAAGCAGAGCUGGAGGCCGGUGAUGGAUUGUUCAUCCCAAAAGGGUGGUGGCAUAGUAUUAAGGGAAUGGGAGAAAGUGUCACAGCUUCGGUAAGUCUCCGAACAUCCGCAUCCGCAUCCGCAUCAGCACCAGCUCUCUCUACCCACCUCCUAAACAAAUCACCCGCAUCCACACUCUUCGCACAGUGCCACGCAACAAAUCUCUAUUCCACAUUACAAUACAAGCAGCCGUCAUCCCCUCUCGCAAAACCCUACUCAACAAUGUCCAACCAAGCAAGCUCCAAUCCUGCACCUGAGUCCUCAUCCGAAGAUAAAUCCAAGCCGGUCCUCGCCCUGCCUGACUCGUCAACCGCCUCAAAUGAUGUCCCCCAGCUCGAUGUCAAUGGGGAUGGAGUAAAACUAGACCACCUCGGUCCGCUAGUUGUUAAUACGGACGGCACGCUGGCGCGCAUCUCGAACUGGGCGCAGAUGACGGAGAUGGAGAGAAAAAAUACGCUGAGGGUUUUGGGGAAGAGGAAUAAGGAAAGAUUGGCAAAGUUGAAGGCGCAGGCAGGCGAGGAGCAGAGCGAGAGCUAA